UAUUCUCAUUCACCACUUCGAGUUCACAACUUCUCCCACCAUCCGCCUCCACACCAGCCCUGAUACAGAGUAAUGCACGUGCAACUCAAACCAUUCUGAGUACUGAUAUAUUAGUACUACAUGAUUUAGCAGCUUAUUCUUUCGAUAUUUGCUUAAUUGAAUUGCACGGCAUUGCUGGUUUCUGAUUGGAAAAAAUGGUAGCUUUUUCAUUGAGACCAUCCUUGAUUCUAGGAGCAAGAGAACGAUUCGGUUCGAAGCAUUCGAUGCAUUUGGGGGUUAAUUGCGGAGGAAGAUUGGGUACAAAUGUUAUUGCCGUUGAUGGCGAGUUUCCCUCGUUUUUACCGAAGGAAGUUAAAGAAAUCAAGGAUCCAUUUGCACGAACUUUGGCUCAGAGGAUUCAAAGGCUUCCUGUGAAGGUUGGAUUUUCCGACAGUUGUAUAAUGAGCAGCUGUGUGAAGCCAAGGUUUCAACAUGAUACCGAUCCAGUGGUCCUUCUCCAUUGUUUCGACAGUUCUUGUUUAGAAUGGAGAUGCACGUACCCAUUACUUGAGGACGCUGCUCUGGAGACUUGGGCAAUAGACAUUCUUGGUUGGGGUUUCUCUGACCUAGACUUCCUCCCUGCGAUGCGGCAUCCAAAAGAUAUCAUCUUUACCAGGUGCUUUGGAAAGAUAACAUCCUGGAUGCUGCUUUGGAGGACUCACAUCAAAAGACCAAUGAUACUAGUCGGACCAAGCCUUGGUGCUGCAGUUGCGAUUGACUUUGCCAUCAACUUUCCAGAAGCUGUUGAUAAGCUGAUUCUUAUCAAUGCAAGUGUUUAUGCUGAAGGCACAGGGCUUCUGACAAAGCUACCAAAAUUUUUAGCAUAUGCUGGGGUCUCUUUGUUGAAGAGCCUCCCACUGCGGCUGUAUGCCAAUUUGCUAGCUUUUGAUGACAUACCCUUAUCAAAAUGCUUGGACUGGGCCAAUGUCGGCCGCCUACACUGUCUUUUGCCUUGGUGGGAAGAUGCUACUGUGAAUUACAUGCUUAGUGGUGGCUAUAAUGUUGUUAAUCAAAUAAAGCAGGUGAACAAGAAAGUUCUUGUCAUCUGGGGAGAGUGUGAUAACAUUGUCAACAGUAAGCUUGCAAUGAGACUGCAUGGUGAAUUGCCAGAUGCAAGCGUCCACCAAAUACCUGAUUGUGGUCAUCUCCCGCAUGUUGAGAAGCCUGAGAUAGUUGCGAGGUUAAUCGCGGAUUUUGCGCGGCCUGGGGCACCUAAAGAGGAGCAGGAGCCAAUUGUCCUGAACUCCGUUGAUGGGAAAAACACGUUCUUGUUCAAUGUUCUGAGAGUAGAAAAUGCCUAGGAGCAUUUUAUUUAGACUAGCUGUCUAGACACAGGCUUCAUGUAAGUAAUACUCCUACUACAACUGUAAUGG